AUGGCUGGCGUCAUGACAACGCGCGAUGCUCUCGCACGCGCUUAUUCGGUCGGGCUCGACCUUCUGGAGAUCAGCCCGACGGCUGAGCCGCCGGUCGUCAAGAUUCUCGACUACGGCAAGUUCAAAUACGAACAGCAGAAGAAGAAGAACGAAGCACGCAAGAAGCAGAAGGUUAUCGAGAUCAAGGAAGUCCAAGGCGACAAGGUCAAGGUGUCCCUGCGUUUCAAGGGCCGCGAGAUGGCUCAUCAGGAGCUUGGCAUCAAGAUGCUGGAGCGUAUCCGCAUCGAGAUGGAAGAGAAAGCCAAGGUCGAGCAGAUGCCCAAGCUCGAAAAUCGCCAGAUGAUCAUGGUGCUCGCACCGCGCUGA